AGUUUUACAACAUACGAUGACCACGGACAGGCUUUUGACCAGACAAUUAGAAUACUAUUUGAGAUGGUUGGCAUGGCAAGUCUUGGAAACUAACCAUGGAAAGUCUAUGUGCAUCUGUGUUGACAAAAAUGUAUUAACAAUGUUGGAUAAAUGCUUACUUCAAACUUGCUCCAAGAAACUUGACUUUGAAGAUGAUUGUUUUUAUGUAUACAUCACUAUAGCCAUGAAACAAAAAUAUGUAUUGUUAUUUUUAUAGAAAUUCUGCUAACGAAAACUGGAACCAUGGGGAAAAGUUAGUCCAACUUGUUGACGCUCUCAAAUAUUAAGCUACUUUUUAUAUUGGUAAUAUUUGGACCAAAGAAUUUAGCCUAUAUAAAAAGUAUCUCUAAAUUCUUUGCGCGUCUUAUAAAUAAGGCUAGGGGAGACGUUUAAAAACAAAGUUAUGCUACAAAACUUAGAUAUCCGAAUUUUCCUUGUUCUCUACAAUUCCCGAAUUUUGGUAUAAAAUCGAGGCAAUCUAUAGCCUAACUGCACUGCAUACUUUAUGUAUCGCUAGCCUAAGUAUAAUGAUAAUGAUUUGCUCUUUGUUUUCCUUCAAUUGACAACUGUCGUUAUACUAGAGGCUGGUUUAUGCAAUAAAAAGCCGGUUGGGUCCAGAGUGUCAGGAUCAGCAGACGAUUUAUUGAAUAAAAUCUAUCUUACGGAGGAGUCCGGAGAUAGCUGAUGUAUCACGAUUGUAACGAUUGAUUGACAUCGACACCAAACCACCGACCUCGUUAUCUUACCAAUACAAAUCGGCAGUCUUUGCACUGAAAAACUUUAAACAUUCAGUUACAAUGUGUGUUACUUCCUGUUGAAAGAGGUUGUGUGUAAUUUCGUUCUGGUUAAUUCAAAGUUCCUGCAAAGAAACACGCGAGAAAACAAUCAUUAGACAAGACGACAUUCGAGUGACAAAACGGAUAUGGAGCCUUUCCAAAUUGUUUUUCUGAUGGCGUUGUCCAUACUAUGCCAUAUUUUGGUUCAAAGCAAAAUACGGUUAGAGGAAAUAAGUGGAAGAUGCGGACGAUCUGGAACAUAUACACUUAACUGCCAUGCACUCCAGAUCUUUAAAAAACAUAUUGAACAAUUAAAGUUGCUGAUUUUGCGAUGUUCGUCCUCAGGGGCUUGGAUUCAACUUAUAGCUUUGCUUCAGAAUUCAACGCGUUGGUUGCAGGAGAAUUUUCCAUGUAUAAUGGAAAUAUUCAUUCGUGAAAUGGACAACAACUCGUGCGAACGUGAUAUCAGCCUUUCAGAUGAAAGAAGAGUGCGUGGUGGUGCUUCAUUUGAAGGGCCUGUUAUUGAUUUGAAUCGGACACGAAGACCACAAAUCAGAAUCUAUAUGGACGAACCUCUGGACCGAGCAAUCUCUGAUGGGCGGGUGAAUGAUGUGCAGGAAACUGUUGAUCCUACAGUUGCUCAAUUGAAAUGUCUGCUUCAAAUGAAAAUCAAGAUGGUAGUUAAAUCAUCUGACAUUCGCCCCAGUGCACCAACCGAUUAUUUGAGAGAUUCCAGAGACGACACCACUAAAAAAACGCUCCAUUAUGUUGAUGACAUCAGCAGCACCCUACCGUUAGCCAAUAUCGUAGAAUCCGAUAUUGAACAAACAGACCAUGAGGAGAAUAAGGACUUAAUGCAGCCGGCUUUACCUUUAGAACCAAUACAAGCGAUCGAUCCUUUACGAUCUGAAAACGAAUCGACACUGGAAUCAAUCGGUGUUGAGUUGUCUGCUACCGAUGUGGUGUCGGAUGUUGACCUUGCAACAACCGGAGCGGCACCAAGAACAGACACGAAUGACGUGAUGAUGACGAGAGGGCAAGAAAAUAAAGCAAACGACAUGACAUCAGAAAACCAUUUAGACAUGGCAGAGACAAAUGAGCUGUCAAUGGAAGAAUCGACAAGGACAAGCAGAAGAGGGGUGCCCUCUGGAGUAAACUGGCGGAUCCAACAGCCAGUGAAUACUGUUGAUGUUGAUGAAAACAUCCAACUAAAAACUCGAAGCGACACUCACAUCGCCAAAAAAGAAAACGAGGGCUCCGACCCGAGUGUCAAGAACUUGAACGUGAAGAUUUAUCACGAUACUGCUGAGAACGAUGAAGGAUGAAUACAACAUCCUUAUACAAGUACAUUGAAAAAAUAUAUGAACGGCCGAUUAUAUCUCACUGAGUUAUCGUUAUAGGUUGGGUGUUGUAUACUGCUUUAGUUAAUGUUAUUGUUAAAUUAAUUAAGUAAAGACGACUAAAUUGUGUUUCGUUUUGUUCUUUUUAUAAUUAUUACAAUAUUGAACCAUUAUAAUGCUUGAUGAUUAUGAUGGUCGUAAUAUUCUAAUAUUAUUAUGUAUGGUUGUUUUAUAAUUCGCUUGCUAUAGUUGUGUGUACAAACUAUUUAGCUGUAGAUUUUGCGACUUUUCUUUUUCUUAUUUGAUUUUCGCUCAACACGUUGAAAAGAUGUGUGUUUUCAUGCGUUUACAAAAAUUAUAUACAUGUAGUUUUAUUUUUUUCGUUAUGUUUGUUUAACUUUGAAAAACACCCUUACACUUACUUUGUUUUUAUGUUCGUUUCAUUAUGGAUCCUUCUCCCCCCCUUUAAAUAUAGUUUUCUCAUUUG